CUGCGUGCGUGCUGUGGGUUUCUCCUUCAGUUUCCUCUCAUUGCCUGAGGUUGGGCCCGAACACGGCGGUACAUUUCCUUGAGAGUCUUCUACAUUCAUGCUGUAGAAGCUAUGAAAGUCGUGGGAAACUAUAGAGUCAACACUGCAAACUCAACCACUGAUAUGUCCAGAGAGCACUUGACCUGUCUUAGAAGUCAGCUCUUUGUAGCCUACAGAAAUGGAAGAGUGGAUGAAGCGUCUCUGGGUUUUCUGGAUUGCUGGAUAGGUGGAGACCUGACAAAUUUCAAAGGCUGCUACCUGACUAACCAACUGCCUAUUCAGAUUUUUACAGCCAUCUUCAACAUGAACACGGAUAUAAUCAUAUUCUCACAAUUCAUGUACUACAGGUUAAAGAAUCAGAAGAAAAAAAUUUCUGAAGAUCUACUGAAGGAACUUCAUUUCUGCUGUUUGCAUUGGCCAUGA